AGUGCUAGAAAUUAAAAUCAAAACAAACAAUUUGACUUGAAAUUAAAAUUACUUUAAAACAGAAUUAAAGCUUUCCUAGAACCUAAGUAUGGGUGUAACGAUUUUAACGCCAUAUCCACUUCAAAAUAAAUCCGGCGCUGAAGCAAUUGAAGAACUUUCUAAAAGAUUAUUAGCUCUUGGUGCGACACAAGCUGGACAAUUUCUAGUAGAUGGAGAUAUCUUUGAGCACUCCUUCAAAAAAAUAAAAAUUCAUGUGAUGCAUAAUUCAGAAUAUCCAGCAUCGGUGUUUUCGAUUCUAGAUAAUGGUCAGAAGCAAAUACCAUUGAUAACUGACUUGAUAUUUGAUCUUCUUAUGCUGAAAGUGAAUCCUAUUUAUUCAUCCAAGAAGAUGAUAAAGAUUGAAUCUAAAGGACCGAGAUUUGAACUUGGAGACUUUCUCGUGAAGCUUGGAAGUGUCACAAUGAGUCAGAAUCAGAAUUUCAAAGGAAUACUUAUAGAAGUUGAUUACCGUCCUUGCCUAGUUCCAGCAUUUUGUUGGGAUCUCAUCAAAGAGUUUUUGCAGGGCCUCUUAGGACAACAAGCACCAACAGCUAUUCCAGGAUAUUUCACAAACACUCUUCCCUCAAACAAUCCUAAUCAACAUUAUCAUCGUUUCAAUGACACUUACCAACCAAUCGACACAGUUCAACAAUAUCUUGAACAUUUUAACAAUUACCGGAAACAAUCUCAAGCACCAACGAUAUAAAAAAUUUUCAUUUUUAUUUUAAAUCCUUUAUUUCUAAAAAAAAAUCUUACAAUAAUUAAAGAAAAUCAACAAUCUCACUUCUGAUAGUUUUUCUUUUUUUCGUUAUAAUGAUAAAAUUAUGGCAUAAUUGCUAAUAUUUGCCACCAAAAGAUUAUUGUCGAAUUAAUUAAGUCUUGACGCAAGCAAGUAAGGAAAUGAGAAACUUCUAUGAGAUUUAUAUUUUUAAUUAGAUUUUUUGUAACUUUUGGCAGGAAUUUCGUUUUCAUCUAGAUAAUGAAGAUCUUGAGAGAAAAAUGGAUUUUUAGGCCAAAAGUCAAAUUACUAAGAAAUGAAAAUUUUGUUCGGCGAAAUCAUUUCGAAGAAGCUUUUCACAUUUAUUGUCGUCUAAGUAUCUCAAAUUUCUCUUAAAAAAUGUAAUUUGAACAAUGUUUUAAUUGUAGGUUUUAAUAUUCUUCGAAUUUUAUGAUUUCUUAUAAAUUUACUUUUUGUUGAUUCGAUUCAAGAAACAAGAUUUAAAAUUUAAUAGAUUUAUAACCAGCAAACAGACAUUUAACUAUUUUUAUUCAGGCUCUACUUUAUAUUUCUCUCUUUUUUAAUGUUUUUGUUCUUAUUCUUGCCAAUUGUGCGACUCAUGCAUUUGAUUCUUCAUAAAAAUAUUUUUACAAUUUUAUUAUAUUUACUAAAUGCUUCUGUUGUUCUCUUUUAUGUUUAAUUGAAAUAAGUCGAUUAAAAAGGGAAGAAAAGAAGUUGUUUUGACUUUUUAUUUUUUUUCUGUAAGAAUGAUAAAAGAUUUCUUGCAGGUAUCUAAAUAGAAAUGUUUCUCUCAAAUAUAUUUUGCAUCUUAAUAAAGUUUUAAAAUACUUUUAAAUAUUGUCAUGGUUUUUAUCUUGUUUUCUUCUUUAAUUCAUCCAAAUUGUUUGUUACAUAUUUAUGAAUAAAGAAGAACUGAUGUAAUGAGAUGUUCAUUUAUGCUUCUUUUGACUUGUGUCUGAUAAAAAACGAAACAUAAAUAAAUUUCUAACAACAUUUUGUGAUGUCUUGAGGUUAAUUAAAUUAAACUAGAUGCUUUUAGGGUUGCAACAAAUUUUCUUUAUAACACCGAUAUCAAUUUUUCUAUUUCAAUUAAAUAAUCCUUUUUCUUGAAAGGCACAGGAGCGGAAGAUCAUUACAACAAAUUUUCAAAUUUCUCCAUGGAUUCGUCACGACUUCAAAUAAAAAAAAUUCUCUUUCCUUUCUAUUCCACUAAAGAUUUCUUGACAAUUAAUUAAGUAGUUUAAAAUUCAAUUAAACGCCUUAAUAAAAUUGUUUUUGAUAAGUUUCAACUGAUAUGGAAAAUGAAAUUCUCUCAAAUUUGAUGUUGAUAUAAAGUUUUUGUCAAAUUUUACCUUUUUCAAUGAUUUAACAUGCAUGGCUGGUCAUUUAUUAUUGUCUCAGAUUAGUGUGAAUAUAUUCAGGAAAUCUUUUGAAGAAUGUUUCGAUAUGAACUUCCAUUUAUGAGUUUUCAAAAAUUAUUGUCAUUAUAUUUAAAUAUAGUUUUCAUUAUUUAAUUUAUUUUAUAACGUUGAUAAAGUUUUUUUUUCUUUUUAUAGAUAAGUCAAAUUAUUCUUAAAAUCUCUUUUCGAUAUUCUGUUUCUGUAAAGCUUAAAGUUGAUGAAAUUGAGAAUUUUCUUCUUCUUCUUGAUGUAACUUUUCCAGGUGUGAGUAUUUGAUUCUUAAAUCUCAAAAUGAUGAAUUUGGAGGAGUAAAAUUAAUCUUAGUUUUCUGGAAAUCUUAUCAACAUUCUUUUGGAGUAUUCUUGGGAGCAGAUAUUUCAUUAAAUUCAAUUUUAUGAGAUUCAAAAUUUGAGAUGUCGACCGGAAACUUUGUGGAAGUGAUUUAUAUAAUAUCUUGACUUCACCAGCAGCAGUUGACAGUUUCAUACUACAUACGAUUUAUGUUUAGCUCAAACAAUAUCUAUACAUUUAUGUACAUAAUGCUUUCAAUGUUUAAAAUAUUUGAUUUUCUGUGUUUUCACGUGACUUGUUUUGUCAUUAUAAAAUGAACUUUAAUUAUUGUCGUACGUCAUUAGUCAUGUCAUAUUUAGUUUCAACAUUGGUAUAAGCUUUUCAUUUCUAAAAAAAAUUAUUGUAUUUGCUAUGUAAUGUUAUUUUAUA